UUGUAAUUUUGACAAUGGGUCGUCUCUUCUCUCUUCGUUCUCAAACUGAACUUAAAAGAGCCUCUUUCUGUUUAAACUUAUUUUCUUUCUAUAUACACCUUAACUACACAAAAGACGAAUCCUAAAAUUUUGACAUUUAUAUAAAUUAUUUUGUUAUAAGGUGGAAGCUGUUUAGUAGCUAAUUAAUGAAGUAUUGCAUUAAUUUAACUAGCAAUGGCGUUUCAAGAUUUUGAUCCAAUUUUUGGUGAACCUAAAGUAGAAUGUGCACCUCAUAGUUCUUGUCAAUUGCGUUCUUUUCUGUUCCAUGCUUAUGCUCCUGAUUCUUCUCACCUUGUCAUUCAUGUCACUGAUUUCCACUCUGAUACUUGGGAAGCUCAUCUUUCACUUUCAUUGCUUGAGGACAUUAGGGAUAUUAUUGGAAUAGGGGGUUCUUGGUCAGAGUUUGCUGAUUAUUUUGUAACUUCCCUCAAGUCAGAAGAUCUGAAGCUGGUUCUAGAGGCAAGUUCAAACUCUGAAGGUAUUAGUUCUGCUAAAUUAGUUGCUCAAAAAUCAAAGGGAAUGCCUCUAAUCACAGUUCCUCUCACCAAACUUGUGGACUCCAGUGCAAGUGAAGCUGUGUCAAAUUUAUCCUUGAGCCUAUUUAAGGCAUUCAAAAGUAUUAAAUGUUCUCUUGUAGAUGUGCAACAACGCUCUGUCCAAUUGACAAACCUGAUGGCAGCUGAGAAGGAAAGAAAUGAAACCAUACAACUGGAACGAAGGCAAAAGUUUCAAAAAAUUAGCGACUCGGAGAAAGCAGGCGUUUCUAAUAAUGGAGUGCAAAACUCUCCAGAUAAGCAAACAGCUCGGGAUACAGGUACUGCGAAAGUUAAGAAUCGCGUGGUGCCAGCAUAUCGCAGGACCAAAGUAAGAGGAGCCCUUUUGCGUGACAGUGAUCCUGAGUCUUAGCCCUUAAUUCAAACCAGUUGCGUGAUAUUUUCACUAUUUGCCUUGUACUAUAUAUUGUAUAACACAGAAAGCAUAUACAGUAAUUCAUUCACUUGUCAACUAUGCAAAUGAAAUUGCUCAUUUGAUGCCUGUUUCUCUCCCUGCCUUUUGUGUAAUCCCACGUCUCUCCUUCUACCCAACAAUUUUGUUUGUGGAGUUGUUGAAUACUAAAUGUAGACGUCUCUUUCGGCGAAGAUUUGAAUCAUAGUUUGCCACGUUUGGAAGGACUAGCCCCUUCAGCUAGACACAA